UCAGAAGGCAUAAAUGGGUGUCAGCGUUGGUUUCAGCUCAACUCAUCUUCCCAUUUUGCCAGUUUUUCUGUUGUAUUUCGCAGCACUUUUCUGUCUAGAUAUCAUUAAGCUAUGUUUCAGUGAUGCAAAUAUCAGUAUCUUAUGCCUAGACUCCGAGAGAGAGGGGCUUCUCUCCUUCAAAACAACCCUCACUGAUCCUUCUGGCAGGCUUUCUUCUUGGACAGGUGAAGAAUGCUGCAAAUGGAAUGGCAUCGAAUGCAGCAACCGAACUGGUCGUGUCACCAAUCUCAACCUCAGGAAUCCGUAUCAGUUAAUUAAUGGUGGAGUAGGUGAUCCAACGGUUUAUAAGAGGUCUUGUUUGGGUGGAAAAAUCAAUCCUGCUUUGUUGCAACUGGAACAUUUAAAGUGCUUGGACUUGAGCAUGAAUGACUUUGAAGGAACCCAAAUUCCUGAGUUCUUUGAUUCAUACAGCAGUACUCGUCCACCGGAGUCGCGCGCUGAGAAUCUAAACUGGAUUUCAGGUCUCACUUCCUUGAAGUACCUUAACUUAGGAUUUGUGAAACUGGAUAGUGCUGGAACUGAUUGGCUGCAAGCAUUAAAUAAACUUUCUGCCCUGGUGGAGCUACGUCUGCAUUGGUGUAAACUUCAGGUUCCACUUUCAUUGCCAUUCAUUAACUUCACUUCACUUUCAGUUCUUGAUUUGUCAGAAAAUUCUUUUAAUUCUGAAAUCCCUGAAUGGUUAUUCAACCUUACAAGCCUUUCCAAGCUGUAUCUCAGAUGGAAUUUCUUUAAUGGUCCCAUUCCUGGUGAGUUUGCAAACCUGAAACUUCUUGAAGUUCUUGAUUUGUCUAACAAUUUGGACCUUGGAGGCGAAAUUCCAAGUUUCUUUGGAAAUCUUUCCAGGCUGAAGAGUUUAGAUCUUUCUGCAAACAAUUUGAACGGUGAGAUUCAGGAGUUUUUGGGUGGUUUCUCAAACAGGCCAAACAACUUAGUAUUUCUUGAUCAAGUUCUAAUUCACUGGAAGGAGAAUUGCCCGAAUCAUUAGGAAAUCUUA